AUGACCUUCCUACAUCUACAUGAGGCCCUACACUUCAGUAGUCCUUUCCGUUGGAGAUACUGCACCAGGUUAGUCGACUGAAUUAUUUCAAGGUUCCGCGAAUAUUCUGUAGGCAUAUCCACUUGCGGUCCUGCUUUCCUGCUAAUUCCUUUUAACAGUGUAUAAUACACCAUUCAUUUAUAGCGCACAACUAAUGCAAUGGUUUUAUUCCUAAAUGCUGAAACAGUGGCCAUAAGCAACUAUUGGCGCAUUUUUUUUCAGCCCAAACGUAUUUUACGCAUUAAAGUCUUACCCCGAUUGCGUUACGCCAUCCUGUAUGCCACUGCUUAGCUCGCGUGCUUUCAUGUCCAUUCCGUUGGUUAGCGUACUCUCGCACAUACUGCGGAUUGGCCUUAGGACACACCACCUUAUUCCUAUUGGCUGUUGGCGUUCACUUGCGAUUCUUUCCAAUCUGGGGCAAGGAUGCAUUUAUUCCGCAUACCGUACAAAUUAUCCAUGCUCAUUUCUAUACCCUAUUUGCAUUUUUCACCUUAUUUAAAUUUGUCUUCCACCUUUCCGGGAACACCAUUUUCUGCGAUACACCUACGGCGCCAUUUACGCCUCCACUCAUUUACCCCACCCGUAUAGCCCCUAUUAACACCGGUCCCGUAAGACAGGUUGCUGGGGGUUUUAGGUACCAGGUCGGCUACCAACUACCAUCUAACCCGAAAAUCUGCCAGCGGCAAAUUAAAACGCCUCCUUAGAGACUCGAUGGUGUCAGCAACAAGACCAUGUUCAUUUGACCGCCCUGCAUGUCCUCGGCCACGUACGUCACCAGCACAAGGACUGAGUCAACGAUAACGACGCAGUCAUUAGUAACCUGCUCGCCGAGAGGAAUGGGUUGCACAGAGCCUACCUCCACUCUCAAAUCGAUGUGAACAAAGCGGCCUUCCAGCAAUGUCCCCGUCUUGCGCAGAAACGGUUGCGAGAAAUGUAGGAAGCCUGCAUGGCUCGCAAGGCCAAGGAGACCCAGGGUUACGCUGAUGGCAACAAAUCAAAGAACUUCUUCGCUGCGAUCAAGGCAAUCUACUGCCCCAGACCAAAGGAGCUCGCUGCUUCUCAGCUCUGCCGGAUCAACGUUUCUGAUCUAGAAGUCACAGAUUCUGAAGCGCUAGGCUGAGCUCUUCAGAAAUGUCUCCAGCCGUUCCUUCGCAAUCUCCGACAUUGCUAUCGACCGGCUCCCCCAAGUUGAAACCAACGUCGACCUGGAUCUCCUGUUCCACCUCCUCUCAGAAGCCAUGCGUGCUUUGUAACAACUUUCCAGUGGGAAGACACCAAGCUCCAAUGCGAUCGCCGCCAAAAUCUACAAGCACGGCGGCCACCACAUGAUGGACCAGCUCACGACGCUGUUUCAGGAGGUAUGGCGCUGUGGACGAAUUCCUCAGAAUUUCAAGGAUACAACCAUCUCUUGCCUCUAAAAGCGCGAAGGAAAUCAAAAGCCCUAUGACAAUCACAGCAGAGACUUGCUACUCAACGUCGCCGGGAUGCUCGUCGCCCGCAUCCUCCUCAAUCGCCUCAGCAGGGAUUCCUGCCGGAAAGCCAAUAUGGCUUCCGGGGACACCGAAGUACGACCGCCGACAAGGGAGACAAAAUCGACGCUACAAGGACACUUUUAAAGACCGCCUGAAGCGGUUGCGGGUCAACCCGAGGACAUGGGAAGACCUCGCCCAGCACAGAACGGCACGACGAAGGGAAGUGAAGACCAGCGCCGCCAUAUUCGAAACAAAUCGGAGUACCGCCACCAAAGCCCAAAGGCAGGCUCUUAAGUCACAAGCGCCUCGCCUCCUUAAUGCCAAAUGUUAAUCGCUGACGGCAUGAACGUGCUGCGAACGCUCAUUCUGUGCCCGAAUCAGUCUCGUGGGAAACCUUCGGACAGAGUGUGAGAAAAACCCGACAACGUUCACUUCCCCCUCUCUGGCCCGUGACGCAAACCCCAGACGACGACCAUCCCCAUCACUACCGAUCACGCUAACGCUGUCCCGCCGGCAUUAACCACCGACACCGCCCGCCGUGUCCCAACCGUUGUGUCAAUCACAGUGAACAGCAGCAGCAGCAGCAGCAGCAGCAGCAGCAGCAGCAGCAGCAGCAGCAGCAGCAGCAGCAGCAGCAGCCGCAGCAGCAGCAGCAGCAGCAACAGCAGCAGCAGCAGCAGCAGCAGCAGUACCACCACCACCACCACCGCCGCCACCACCACCACCACCACCACGAUAUCACGCACUCUCCCACCGCAGAGAUGACAUCUGAUCUCUCAUCAGAUUCAACCACCAACUGCUCCGUCCCCAGUGAUUUGGACUCAGCUCAUAUCUGUCCUCAUUGUGAUCAAAAAUUCACCUUACACAACGGCUGGUCGGUCACUGGCGAAUCCAUCGCACGGGGACUGACAAAACAGUGCCUGGAGCACUAA